CAAAUGUUCCUUUCAUGGAUUAAUUGGAUAACCCAGCUUGUACAUUUGAGCACAUGAAUGCACAUUUUUGAGGCUGAUGGUCUCCUGAUCCCAGGUCUGUUGGGCUCUGGUAGCGUACCUUUACCCUGGCCUCACUUCUUUUUUUUUCUUUUUUCUUUUUGCCAUCGUCGGAGUAAUUUUAUGACUUCAAACUGCACAAAAUGCAGCGAUCUCUGAACAUAAAUGCAGGUCUGAGUGGUUUUGGAGAACGCCGGCCUGGAUGACCUGAUGCAAACUGCACAGUAACUGAUGACCGGAUCACUGGACGUUUUUAAUUACUGCCUCGUUUCUGCUGGAGCCUGGCUUAUCAUGCAUCAUAGAUAUUUAUAAUCUGAACAUGCUGGAGUUAUGACAUCAGCCGGCACUGCUGACCAUGACAAGCGUUUGGGGAAGCAUGCAAUCCAUUCUGUCAUGGGGACAAUGGGUUGUCAGAAGACCUGCAAAGUGGAGAAACUCCUGAAGCCACCUCAGUGUGAAGCAGCGUGGAGCCAGAGACAGAGGUUAGCCUCAGCAAAGAAGAACAGCCGGAUGAGAGGAAACACAGAUAAGCUGAGAAAUGAAGUUUUGCCCCUCCAGCUCCCAGGUGUGCAGCCUUUGGACAACUUUCGUCUUCUAGGCGACAACAGCAGAGCUCUGAGACUUGACCCGGACAGCCUGAGCCACCAGCAGCUGAAGCAGAAGCUACUGGAGACUGAGAUCAGCACCAGAAGGAAGGAGUGUGAAGCACUUGAGGCGGAGGUGAAGAAAAAGAAUCAAACAUGUCAGACUUUGGAGAAUGAGCUUCAAGAUUUCCUCCAGGAGAACAAACACUUGAACCUUCAGUUGUUCAACAAUAGCCACAAGGCAUCUGAGUAUGAGAAGGUGAAGUCUGAGUAUGCCCAGCUCAAAGAGACCCUUGGUGCUGUGACGCAGGAGAGAGAUUUAGCCCUGUGGGAGAGGAACCAGCUCCAAGGCAAACUGGAGAACCUAGAGCAGGUGCUCAAGCAUAUGCGCGAGGCUGCAGAGCGGAGGCAGCAGCUAGAGUUGGAGCAUGAGCAGGCCUUGGCUGUACUCAAUGCAAAGCAGCAGGAGAUUGAAGUUCUUCAGAAGGCUCAGGUUGAGGCAAAAAAGGAACAUGAAGGCGCUGUCCAUCUGUUAGAGAACCACUUGGACAGCAUGCAGGCCAAAGUCCGUGAGCUGGAGGAAAAAUGUCGGUCACAGAGUGAGCAGUUCAACCUCUUGUCAAAAGAGCUGGAGAAGUUCCGGCUCCAGGCGGGGAAAUUUGAUAUCCUCAGCACUGAACCCUUAACUGUAUGUGAGUCUCCAGGAUCGCCCAACAAAUCCCUCUCACAGCUCCUCAAUGGACUGGCUGCCCCCAUAGGAAAAGGCAAUGAGGCUCCAACAAGCAGAUCUUUGAUAUCGGAGUUCAUUCGACCACUCCAGAUCAGUGGAGACAAGCCCGAGCUCCUCUCUGUCAAGCCAACAUUCCUCACUCGGGGUCGAGUUAGCAGCCCAGCACGGGCUUUCCUCUCUGAGAUGGACAAAGAGCUCAGCUCAACUACCAGGUCCAAACCGAGGUUCACGGGGAAAGUUCGUCUGUGUAUUGCUCGGUACAGUUACAAUCCUUAUGACGGGCCUAAUGAGCAUCCUGAGGCAGAGCUCCCCCUGGUGGCAGGGAAGUACCUCUACGUUUACGGGACAAUGGAUGAGGACGGCUUUUACGAAGGAGAGCUGCUCGAUGGACAGCGGGGACUGGUUCCAUCCAAUUUUGUGGAUUUUGUCCAAGAUGAGGAGACACCCUCUGUCCAACACAGGGACACAGUGGCUAAAGAACCUGGCUACCUCAACCACAGUAGCCUGGGGACUCAGAGACUGAAAGCGAGCACAGGAACAUUAACGGGCAUAAGCAGCCUGCUGUCUGACAGCAAACUAGACUGUAUAAGCACCAGCAGCUUGGGCAUGGACCUCCUGGGCUCCUCCAGCAAUGGGACAGGAACCUUGGACGUCAGCACUGACGAGGUCGGUGAAGACAUUGUGCCUUAUCCCCGCCGCAUCAACUUGAUUAAACAACUGGCCAAGAGUGUGAUUAUUGGCUGGGAUCCUCCUGUGGUUCCUCCGGGCUGGGGCUCCAUCAGUGGCUACAAUGUCUUGGUGGAUAAGGAGUUGCGCAUGAGUGUCCCCUACGGGGGCAGGACGAAGUCUCUUCUUGAAAAGCUCAAUCUGGCCACCAACACCUAUCGCAUCUCAGUGCAGAGCAUCACCGACCGGGGCCCGUCGGACGAGCUCCGGUGCACUCUGCUGGUGGGAAAGGAUGUGGUGGUGGCACCUUACUACCUGCGGGUGGACAGCAUCACGCAGGUCUCUGCUGAGCUCUCUUGGAUGCCCAGCAACAGCAACUACAGUCACACCAUCUUCCUCAAUGGUGCAGAGUACGACAUGGUCAAGGCGGGGGGCUAUAAGUACAAGUUCUUCAACCUGAAGCCCAUGACAGUUUACAAGGUGAAGGUUGUGGCGCAGCCGCAUCAGGUGCCUUGGCAACUUCCGAUGGAUCAAAGGGAGAAGAGGGAAAUCUCUGUGGAGUUCUGCACUCAGCCUGCAGGGCCCCCUCUCCCUCCCCAGGAGGUGCAGGUCCAGUUGGGUCAGACGCCGGGGAUCCUGCAGGUCAGAUGGAAGCCGCCGCCUCUGACGUCUUCAGGAACCUCCAACGGGGCCAGUGUGAUUGGCUAUGCCGUGUGCACAAAGGGACAAAAGAUAGCAGAAGUCUUAUACCCCACAGCAGACUAUGUGGCCGUGGAAUUAAACAGGAUUCAGUGUCUGGAGGCCAGGGAAGUCAUUGUAAGGACGUUAUCAACACAAGGAGAGUCUCAGGACUCGCCCGUGGCCGUCAUCCCGAACAAUCUCUUGGGCUCUCCACGCCUCUCCCACCGAACCACUGCACCAUCACAACCAAUGCUCCACCCGCAGUCACAUGCAGUGCACUCACAAACCCAUCCUCCCUACCCGUCUACGUACCCCCCAAAUCAUCCUCAGCCCCAGGUGCAGGCUCUGUCUCGAACCCAGCCCCACACGCUGCCCCACACACAGACGCACUCGCAGCCCGUCUGCCAACCCCCUCCUCAUUGCCAGCGUCACCUCAUGCCCAAGUCCAAACCAUUAGUAAGUGCCAGAGAGCCACAAACCAAAGAGCAUGAGGUGGGACUGCGGACAGCCCAGCCCUGGGAGAGAUCCCCCUCUCCGCUGCCUCCCAUGCGUGGAACCAACCUGGAGCCGCCGCACUUCCAGCCACGGCGGUCACCCUCUCCUCAGAGGAUCCUGCCACAGCCUCAGGGAGUCCCCAUCCCCAACACCAUCGCCAAGGCCAUGGCCAGGGAAGCUGCCCAGAGAGUGUUCGCCGAGGGAAACCGGGUUGAGAAAAGGAAUAUCUUUAGUGAGCGAGGUAACGCCAUGCAUCCGCUCAACUCUGACGAGGAGGAGGACGGCUACGACUCUCCUCAUGCGAGGAGGAGAGGAGCCUCGGUGGAUGAAUUCCUCAGAGGGUCAGAGCUGGGCAGACAGCACCAUCAUCACCAUUACAGCCACAGUGAGGAGUACCACACAGAGAGCAGUCGGGGUUCAGACCUGUCUGACAUCAUGGAGGAGGACGAGGAAGAUCUUUACUCUGAGAUGCAACUGGAGGAGGGCCGUAGGCGCAGCAUCAAUUCCCACAACACUCUUAAGGCAUAUUACAAGCGUCAGGACUUAGCCGAGGAACGGGACUGCUGGGACCUCCAGAGGGAGGUGGUGAAGCAGAAGUCGCUCCGCAGCAAGCGCCUCCACAGCAUCCCAGAGGUGGCUGAGGAAGAGUCGGACUGCGUGGACGGCAUGGGCCAGCGCCUGUGCUUCGAAGACGGUGGGCGGCCGGGAAUUCCGCACACUCAGCGAAGGAUGUACCCCCAGGACGGCCACAUGCGCAACCAUCCCACCUCAAGCAAGAACUCCCGCCACCUGCAGCGACAGCGCUCCUCCCCUCGCUUCUCUGACAGCCGCUACUACUACAGCAUAGACGACCGCGGCCUGGUGAGACCCAACCGCCAGAACACCAAGAGUCCCGACAGUGGUUUAGACUGUGGCAGUGAGGAAGAAGGCUCUCUGGGCCGAGGUUAUCGAGGCUACUACACUCACGGGAGCCCCAUGCGGGGGCCCGUUCACAUCAUUCACUGUGAAGGCCCGGUAGAAAGGCGGGCGCUGGCUAUGGGCCGUAAAAGAACUCUGACCCGGCAGUGCAGCGUCGAGGAGGAGUUCUCUGACAUCGCAGCGACUGCGGCCAAGUCGGUACACACAGGUGACUUUAGGAACAGGGAGCACUUUGGGCCUGGUCGGGAGGCCGGGCCGAGGAACUACUCCAGGGAAGGGGCCCUGAGCGAGGGCAGGCUGAACGAGCUGGACAGGGUCUAUUACAGCCCCCACAGGGAGGCUAGGGCCCAGUCUUUGUCCAGGCUCAACCGGGACCAGCCGCUGAUCAUUGGGAACUCAUCAUCACACGCGAACGCUGACCGCCUGGACCACUCGGGGAGGAGGCCGGUUCACAUCGGCAACCCCCCUCAGCAGCGGCCCAUCCCAUCCAUUGAGAUCACCAUGGACAGUAACAGUGAGGGGAGUGAGGGGAACCCCUCACCCGUCAAGGAGGAUGUUUACUAUGGCAGUGUAGCUCGGCGCAGGAUAUGGCGAUCUAUGUCCUCAGAGGAUCAAUAUGACGGCUAUGGCGGGCGCAGGCGGGAACGGCGAUCCCCGGAAUACUAUGAGGAGUCAGAGCCAGACGAGAUGACCCGUGUGUUUGUGGCUCUGUUUGACUAUGACCCCAUGUCCAUGUCUCCCAACCCUGAUGCUGCCGAUGAGGAGCUGCCAUUCAAGGAGGGCCAGAUCAUCAAGGUGUUUGGGAAUAAAGACACCGAUGGCUUCUACAGGGCAGAGGUCCGAGACCGAGUGGGUCUGAUCCCCUGUAACAUGGUCUCUGAGAUCCAAACAGAGGAUGAUGAAAUGAUGGACCAGCUCCUCAAACAGGGCUUCCUGCCACUCAACACUCCUGUGGAGAAGUUAGUGAACUGUGACCGUUUCAAAGAUGGCCGCUCAAUAAAUCGCAGGUCCAGAAAGUCCAAAAGAGAGAGGAACAGGCGGAGUGGCCGUCAACAUCCGAUGUCAACACGCAGAAUGGUGGCUUUGUAUGACUACGACCCCCGAGAGAGCUCCCCUAACGUUGAUGUAGAGGCUGAACUGACUUUCUGUGCCGGUGACGUCAUCAGUGUUUUUGGUGAAAUAGAUGAAGAUGGCUUUUAUUAUGGCGAGCUCAAUGGACACAAGGGACUUGUUCCUUCCAACUUUCUAGAAGAAGUGCCUGAUGAUGUAGAGGUUUUUCUCACUGACUCACCAUCUCGAUACCCCCAGGACACUCCUGCACGGAUAAAGACCAAAAGGAAGAAGAGUGUUCAUUUCACACCUUAAAGGCUCUGUUUCCGUCACGUAAGUGAGCAACUGAGGAUACCAAGAUUACGCUCCCCUCGUCUAAUGCAGAUGACAUGGGUACCCUUAGCUUCUGGUAUGCAACAUGUAUACUCUAUAUGACAUUCCUUUAGUGCUGCUAUGCCUUUAGGUAGUUUUUAGGAUCACUCUUUGUUUCACCAAAACACUCAAUGAUGUUUGUUGGUAGGAGACAGUAACCCUAGCCAAUGCAUUAGACAAGAAUGGUAUGGUAUCUUCAGUUGUUUCUCUGAGUGUUGUACAUGACAAUGUCCGUCUCCUGCAAUAAGUCUCCUGCUGUAACUCAUGGUGAGCUAAAAGGCCAUUGUUGUACCCUCAAUUGUCAAAAAGUUCAGUUAAAAUUACGGUUACUAACAUUGAGACUACUUUCAGUGCAGUAUGACAUGCUGCAUCCUAGAAAAAAAAUCCAGAAAAAAACCCACAAAUUCUAUGCAAAAACCCAAAGAUGUAAUGUGAAAUGUUAAAAGAAAUUUAUUCAGACAAUUUUUAAAAAAUCAAAUCAGUGAGUAUUUUGGUUUUGGCUAAUUUUGUGAGUCAAGAUUAACUAUCAAUUAGAUUGCAAACUAAUGGUUAUUGAUUUAAAGUGAGACUAGAACUUUGCUGAGCAGCAGCUACAAAAUUACAAUCAUAGGAUAAUGCUUGGUUGCUACACUACCUUUUAGCAUUUAGCUUAAUUGCUAAGUUAGUGGUGAAUAUACAGCAUUAUUUCACUCCAUUCUGAUUGGUCAAUCGCAAUAUUCUACAGUCUGUUAUUUCUGAAUAGCAGACCGCUGCUGUGUAUAACAGACAAUUACUUUUUAUGUAGUUUCGAAGCAGAAGCAAUACAAUAAUUUAAAAAAUAUAUUUUGGUCAAACUAUGGAUUUUUUUAGUAAGUAGUUGUGUAAUAAGCAGGAUAAUGUACAGCAAGCAGGUCAU